CAGACUUUGAGCGCGAAACGGAGCCUGAGGAAAGCAAAGCUCGAGAGGAGAGCCCCGUGGGAUUUUUAAAGUGUCCUGCAGGUCCAGAGCUGAUUUACAUAACUCCAGACACAAGGUCUGUUAAGUUUACCAUUUUUUUACUGAACACACCAUUUGCUGAACAAUGUCCUCUCGUUGGUCUAAGAGACGACGUUUGAAAAAAAUAGUACAAGCAGCUGAGUCUGACAUGUUGUUUAAGUUUCAGGAGACUGUCAGAAACAAGAUGUUAUUGAAGAUUCUGUUGCUAGUGGUCAUUCUGGUAUGGUUACCGAGGAGUGUGAUAGUGUAGUUUUCGAUAACUCAGAGGUUGCAGGGCCUGCUUCAGAUGAGGUUGCUGGGCCUGCUUUUGAAGAGUUUACAGCGCAUGUUUCAGAUGAGUUUGCAGGGCUUCUUCUGAAAUGCCAGGAUCCCAGACCCAGGUAGCUGAUUGCACAAGUUUAUUUUCGUUUCCAGUUGAGAGUCCUGAAAAAACUCCAGAUAGUGAGUCAGAUGACUAUGAUAGUGACACUGAUGGCAGUGAUACUACAUCACAUGAUUUUCUUGUACGGAGUUUAAGAUAUUGGGCCACAACUUUCUCAGUGUCACUUGUUGCAUUAACUGCACUUUUGAAUAUUCUGAGAAUUUUUCAUCUGCAACUCCCAAAAGAUGCAAGAACUGUGCUAAGGAGUCAAGUUGAUGUGCCCACUACCAAAAUGGAGGGAGGGGAAUACUACCACUUUGGCUUGGUACAGGGACUACUGUCCCGUUUAAAAUGUUUGACCUUGCCAGCAGAUCUCCAUACACUUAAGCUUCAAUUUAACAUUGAUGGGCUUCCUCUUUUUAGAAGCUCCAAAGUUCAGUUUUGGCCAAUUUAGUUGACUGUGAUUACACUAGGUCUCCAUUUAUUGUUGGUCUGUAUUGUGGAAUUAGCAAGCCAAAAAGUGUUUUUGAAUACUUAUUUGUUAAGGAUUUGACACAUUUGUUGACUAAUGGUAUCAUAUACGGUAGCAGAAAGUUUGAAGUUAUUGUUUCUUCAUUUGUGUGUGAUGCACCUGCUCGAGCCUUUGUAAAGAACACAAAGGCUCACAAUGGUUAUUCUGGGUGCGAUAAAUGCUGCCAAAUAGGGGAGUGGAAAAACAAAAUGGCGUACCCUGAAACAAAUGUAAAACUACGAACUGAUGCAGACUUUGAUGCAAUGGUUGAUGAUGAACAUCACUUGGGACAGAUACUUUCCCCUUUAAGUGGUGUAGUAAAAAUGGUUUCGAUGUUCCCAAUUGACUAUAUGCAUGCUUCCUGUUUAGGUGUCACUAGGAAGCUACUGUAUAUGUGGACAAGAGGACGUUCACUUGCCACACGAUUAUCUACUCAAACCAUAAAUGAAAUUUCCAGCAAACUGAUGGUUCUCUGUGCUCACACACCUGUUGAGUUUAAUCGUAAACCCAGGCCACUGACAGAGAUUGAUCGCUGGAAAGCGACUGAGCUACGGUCAUUUAUGUUAUAUACAGGGCCCAUUGUACUCAGGAACAGCAUUCCAAGUGAACUGUAUGAUAAUUUCAUGUUGUUUUCUGUAGGAAUGAGUUUGCUUCUCACUCCUGGAAUCUCUGAUGGCAUGGUUGACUUGGCUCAUGAAAUGCUUGUCUCCUUUGUUAGCCAUUUUGGACAGGUUUAUGGCAGGGAGGAAAUUGUGUUCAACAUACACCAAGUAAUACACCUUGCAAAUGAGUAUAAGCAUUUCGGGCCUCUGGAAAAUGUGUCUGGUUUUCCUUUUGAGAAUUACUUAGGACAAGUCAAGCGCCUCUUGCGUAAGCCACAUUUACCUUUGCAGCAAGUAGUAAAAAGAAUAUCUGAAAUCCCAUGUAUGCAGGUGCCAGUGCCAUUUAAAGGCUGCACUUUACAUAGCUUACAUUUUGAUGGCCCAUUACCUCAUCAGUUUAGCUUUGCUGAACAAUAUAGAAAGGUUACUACCUAUAAAUAUACAUUGCGCACAGAAGAAGGAGAUAACUGCAUACAGGUUGGAGACGCAAUUGCUCUUGUUAAGAAUAUAAUUAAGGUUGAAGAACAAAUAUUUGUUCUACAUCAAAACUUCAGACAUAAAGAACUGUUCUUUUCAUAUCCGUGCAUGUCUUCAUGCAUAGGGUGUUACAAGGUCUGGCAGACACAUGAUAGUCUUGAUGUAAGCAGACUGGAGAACAUUCAAAAUAAAUGUGUCCUCUACCCGUAUGAAAAUGGCUUCAUUGCCAUGCCAAUGCUUCAUAUGAAGUGAGAGUUUUUUUUGUUGCUGAAGCAGUAGUUUUGUGAUUUCUGCUUAGUGGAAUUAAUUUUGAAAAUUACCACUGUGGAUGUUUUUUUUUAACAUAAGCCAUAUUUAGGUGUUGUACUGAGUAAAAAACAUGUAAAAAUAUGUAAAAUAGUGUAUAAAGUUCCAUGUUAGAUGUUUUUAUUUACUGUCUUUGCUUUGUUUUGUCAAGAUAUCAAAAUGGAAAAUAAGCAGCAGCAAUGGUGUAUUGUUCAGUUUAAAAAUGGUGGCACUGAAAUAGUCCCCCAAAACUGGCUUCACUGUGACAAAUUAUCAUGGCCACCAUUUACUAACAAAGAAAGUUCAAAAAUUCAUGCUGCAGUAAAAAAUUGCCUCCAGCCAGAUGAUGAUUGGAUUAUAUAUGAGCCAGUCAGACGUUUAAUAAGUCGAGAUACAUAUGAUGAUGCCCGAAGGAGCUUGCAAAGAUACUUAAAAGACAACUGUGACACAACAGAUAUGCAGUCGGAGGGGGAGUUUGAUGGUCGACCAAAACGAAAAUUAAAAUCAAACUCUUUGUAUAAUAAGGAUGUUGACUCAGAAGAGGAAGGCACAGUGGCUAAAAAGAAAAAAUUUCCUCCGGCUCCAAGAAUUAUGAUGCCAGUUCAGGGACUCUCUGCUGCUGGUGCCCAGUGUGGCUCUCUUCAUUCUGAUGUGAAAGCUGCCCUCAGCCUCGAAAAAGAUGUGCAUCACCAUGAGCCAAGUCUUCAUCAACUUUUACCUGCUGUUCAGGGACUCUCUGCUGCUGGUGCCCAGUGUGGCUCUCUUCAUUCUGAUGUGAAAGCUGCCCUCAGCCUCGAGAAAGAUGUGCAUCACCAUGAGCCAAGUCUUCAUCAACUUUUACCUGCUGUAAAGGACCCGGGCAGUUCGUUCUCCAGUAAGACAAACCAUGGGACUACUUGGAAUGACAAAAAUGAUUUAUUGAUGUGUAACACUGAAAGAAACAUUGCUGCCAUGCAACCACAUAGAGGAUAUGCAGAUGAGCAAGUUGAUUGCAGGCCUUUCAAUGAGAUGCAUCCAAAUGGAAGAAAUGUAGUACCUUCACACAGCAUGGGGGGGGGAUACUACAGCAUGUAUAAUGAUCCACUGUUUGAAAGCCCAAGUGCCAUUACUGGGCCAUCAGAUGGGCAUUUCAUAGCUUCGCUCACACAUGGUCAGAGAACAGAAUCUCCAGAUUCAAGACAAAUAAUAAAAGACAUUGCUUAUUCUAAACUGGCUGAAACACUUGCUGAACUGGUGUCAGAAGUGAAAGAACUCCGUCAAGAGGUUCAAGGCUUCAUGAGGCGGCAGCUACCAAUGUCUCCUCCAUUACCUCUAUCGCUACCAUUAAACGACUUGAACGAGUUAGAAAAGGCUGAGGAGAUUCUUCAGACUGAAGAUGCCAGACGUAUAAUGGUUGGUCGUUAUGCUAUAGUGGGAGGAGCAUCAGCUGAGGUGCGUGUUAGAAGGAUGCUGGCCUGUACACUGACCAAUAAGCUGGCGUCUCAGAUGAACUGGGCAGGGAAAAAAGUUAAAGAUGGGCAAAAACAAAAAACUGCGUUUAAAGACACUAGACUAAAGAUAUGCAUGUUUGAUGCUUUACAACAACAAAUGAAGGCAGAGAAAAAGGAGGCCUCAGAAUAUGUGUUUGCUGUAGCAGUGCAGAAAUGGCUUCGCUACGCCCCUGAGCGGCUUGGGGGUAUUGCUCGUGGUGUAGUAGAACAGUAAUAAUGUUUCUUGUCCUUGGUGAGCUUUGUACAUUUCCUUUUUAUUUAUAGUUUUUUAUCGUUUCUUUUACUUUCAGUUCAUCAAUCUGGACAUAUGUAGUAUGAUAUUUCAUGUUGUACUAAUAAGGAAAUACUACACCACUAGAUUAAUUACAAUUAAUAUAAAUACAAUUGUACAAUAAAUACCACUUUCGCAAUACAUAUUUAAUCUCACAAGACCUCUGGUUGUCAUAUAUUGUUUGUUCAUAGUCAGGUAAGUUCUGCUGUCAGAAUUGUGACAUCCAUAAUGGUUCACAUUUCUCAUAAUUGGCAUAUGACAAUUAUAUUAAAAUAACUGUUUAUGUUCUAUAAAGUCUGCUCAGUUUGUUUUGUAUUAUUUAUUCUGGCUCAUGUAUUUUAAUUUAAAGAAGUCAUUAAAAGUAUGUUUUCUCUCCAAAAUGUUUGCAUAUGAUUCAAUAUACUGAUUAUAUGAGUAAAUUGUGUGAGAAUAAGUUUUGACUAAAAAUAAUGCUUUAAGAAAAACCCAAGAAUGCAAAUACAUGAUUUACUGGCACAGAAACAAUAUUAAAACAGUGUUAAAUGAGUAAUUGAAUUUAAGAUAAAUAAACAUUGAUUUUAUGUAAAUUUUGAUUGAUUUUGCAUCAUUCAAAUAACAUUAUUCUGCAUACCUGAUGAAAAAUCAAUUAAAGAUUUCAAUUAUGUUUCAAUGGUAAUUUGGUUGAUGCAUCAACAUCAAAUUCAAUGUUGAUUCACUGUUGGUCUGCUACCUUAUGUGAUUGAAUUUAAGUUGAAAAAACAUUGGUUUUAUGUCCAUUUUGAUUGAUUUUGUGUCAUUGAAAUAACAUUAUUCUAGGGUGCAAACCUGAUGAAAAAUCAAUGUUAACUUUCAAUGUUGAUUCAAUGAUAAUUUGGUUGAUGGAUU